AUGAUCAAAUUUAACGUAAGCGUACCUACGCUGAAACGGUUAAGUAUCGAAUUUUAUACAUAUGAACGUGACCUUCCUGAUUACAAACUUGAGAUAUAUGCCCCAGCUCUUGAGUACUUUGGAUUUCGUGGUGAUUUGCGCAACGUUGUUUUCCUUAAAAAACUAGCCAACUUAGUUGAAGCACAUGUAGAGGUUCGUGCAGUUGAAUUUCUUCAGGAGGAUUGGGUUCGUGAACAUAAGAUAUAUUAUGGAGAUAGGGUGUUUAAGCUUGUUAGAGCACUAAACCACGCUAAAUUCUUUUCAUUAUAUCCUGGUGACAAAGAGUGCAUCGGCUUUGGUUCUAUUUUUCCUUCCAGGUUUCAAAAGUUGGCCUGUUUGAACUUUAAAGUUAAUAAAUCAAACUGGCACGUUUUGCAAGCUUUACUAGUAGUGGCUCCUGAUUUAGAAGUUCUUGUUCUUGAUAAGCAUUUUCAUUUUAAUGAAGACGAGUUAUGUUGGACAGAGCCAUCGGAUGAUCCUGGUUAUCUGUCUUCGCGCCUUACGACUUUUAAAUUUAAUGGAUUUGAAGGAUUGGAACAUGAAAUGGAAUUUGUAAAAUAUAUCAUAAACGAGGCAAGAUCCUUAAAGACAAUCACAAUCAAUGUUUCUGAUAAACAGUUGAAGGAAAGUAUACUUGAAGAACUAUCAAUAUAUCUCUUUGGUGUAAUUGGUGGCAACUUCGAUCGAUCGAUUGACAUGGCCGCUCUCUUCCUUGUCAUUACCAUGUGCUUGGUUUUGAAUGCUUUUUGUAUUGUGUAUGAGAUGGCAUUUAGUAGUCAAUCCCACAAGUGCUAUUCAGUUCUGGACCAUGAAUUAUGA